AUGAGUCCCCUUGUUGACAUACUACCACGGAAACAACGAGUUAAAAGGUCACCACUUGCCGGUGAUGAGAACAGAAUUCAACCGCUGGAACUUACUGCUAAUCUGGAGUCUUCUAUGCGAGGGGAUGAUCAAGUGGAGUCAGGUUGUAGCACGGAAACAUUGGUCUCAAUGAGGUCGCAGUCAGGAAGCCGUGAAGACGUCAGUAAGAACAACGAAGGGCGAAUUGAAGUACAGGAAGUUGACGACGAAAAUGAAUCACAUUUCCAGGGCAAAAGUACUGCAGUCAUGCGGUCGCCCAAGAAGAUGGGAAAUAGUAAACCCCAAGACGGCAGCAUUUUGACCAGGGAACAUUCCAGUGCUGUCAAGCAUUUAACAAACGUCGCGGAGGGGAAGAAGAAGGUGACCGCCGAUUGUUCUUUCGCCUUCAAUACUGGUUAA